AUGAGUUCCGAUUACUCAUACGAUGAGCAGGGGCAAUUCUUCCCCGUCUUCAUCCUCACCCUGACGGGCCUCGUCACGCUCCCUCUCACCUACACUCUCCUUUUCCCCGCCAAAGACAUCGAGGCCAAGGCGCCACGCAUUCAAUCCGACUUCAAGCCCGAGCAUGAGGACCUCAUACAAGCGCGUCGCGAUGCGCAAAAGCGAAAGCAGCGUAGGGUCAAGCGCGCCCUACGUAUGCUUAUCCCCCCCCCCCCUUCUGGCCGCCCGUCCGGCGGGUUUCGAUGGAGCCCCAUUUGGCUGACACGUCUCUCCCCCCCCCUUCUUCAGUCUGCUACCGAGAAGAUGAUCAAGUCCAAAUACCGAAAGUUGUCCCGAACACUGCACCCUGACAAGGUCAAGCCCAACGCUGCAAAGAAUGAGACGAUUGAGUCUCUCAACGAUGCCUAUGUCGAGAUCUCCAAGGCCUACCAGGCCCUCACUGAUGAAGAGGUCCGCAACAACUACAUCCAGUAUGGCCACCCCGACGGCAAGCAGAGCUUCAGCAUCGGCAUCGCCUUGCCCCCUUGGAUCAUCUCCGACGGCAACGGCAAGUACGUCGUCGUCCUCUACACCCUUCUCCUCGGUGUUCUCCUCCCUUACCUGGUCGGAUCGUGGUGGUACGGAACCCAGAGGAUGUCCAAGGAGGGUGUCCUCAUGGAGUCGGCCAACGACCUCUUCCGUGCCUACGAGGACAACAUCGACACCGGCGGCGUCAUCACCGCCCUGAGUGCCGGCAAGGAGUACGACGAAACAUUCAAGGGCGACAAGGCCGACUCUGGCCUCGCUUCCAUCGAAUCCAGGAUCGCAACCGGCGCCGGACUGACGACCAAGGACAAGCACGCCCUCGAGGACCUCGACAAUGGCCCCCAAAGUGCGAUGUCGCCCCCCCCGGGGACGCCCUCAACCCAUCUCAUCCAGGCCAUGCCCCCCAAGUCGUCGCCUCUUCUCCAGCUCCCCCACUUCACUUCCGAAAUCGCCCAGGCCGUUGAUGGUGACGCCAAGACCCACGUCAACGUCCAGCAGUUUAUGGAACUCCCCGACGCCCAGAGGCGGAGCCUUACUGUCGGCAGCAGUCUCCUGACCGACGCGCAGUACAAGACGGCUGUCGGUGUGGCCAAGCAGCUGCCCCACCUCCAGGUCAACAAAGCCUUCUUCAAGGUCACUGGCGAGAAGUUCAUCAUUCCUUCCUCACUCGUUACUCUCGUCGUCAAGGGCCGCAUCAUCCCCCCGGGCAGCGAGAACGUCCCAGAGGUCAACGAGCUCGACCUCGAGGACGUUGAUCCCGCCGAAGACGAUCUGGAGGCCUACCUGGGCCGCGCCAAGGCUGUCGUCAAGGGUCCCGAAGGCAAGCCCGUCGCCGUCGACAAGAAGCCUGUUCUGCCCCCUCUCGCCCACGCUCCCUACUUCGCCCGCGAUCACGCCCCCAAGUGGUCCGUCUUCCUGUCCGACUCCAAGCAGGGCAAGAUGGCCGUCCCUCCCUUCCACUUCACCCAGUUCGAUCAGCCCAUCUUCGACAGCGACGGCAAGCCCACGUUCAACAUGCAGACCCUCAAGGCCCAGUUCGCCGCGCCGCCACAGGCUGGCCACUACACUUUCGUCAUGCACCUCGUGUGCGACAGCUACGUCGGUUUUGACACCCAGAUGGAGGUGACGCUGGUUGUGGAGGAGGCGAGCAAGGCUGCCGCCAUGGCGGCCGAGGACGAGAUUAGCGAGCCUGAUGAGGAUUCGCUGGCUGGACAGAUGAACGCUCUCAAGGGGGGCGCACCGCCCGCCGCCAAGCCGAGGAGGAAGCAGGUCGUCGAGGAGUCGGACGAUGAGAGCGGCACAGACGACGACCAGGACGACGACGACACGAGCGCGACCAACACGGACACGGAGGACGAGUCGUAG